CACGUUUUUACACCACAUUAUCAGUUGUAUAAUUUUAUUAAUUCACUGCAGCUAUUUUACACUGAGUAUCCCUAAGAGUCUCUUAUAAAAUAUUUAAAUUGAUUCUACUGGUGGAUCUUGAAGAACAAAAGAAGCAAGUUAUCAAGAUUAGCUGAAGUUAUCCAGGUGUUUUCAGAUUGCAAAAUGCCUCAGAAUAAACAAAAUGAAUGUAUACUAAACAAGAAAGAGGCAAAUUACACAGAAAUAAAAUUUUUCAAAUGUCAACAGAAGCGAAGAAUACCCAAGGAAAAGCAGGGUCCUAUAAUAUCAAGUGAAGAGCCUGUAAACUAUGUACAGCUGAAAUUCAUUAGAACUUCUCACCUCCAACACAAAAAAUGCUUUGUUAGAGGAAAAAAAGAUCCUGAAUCUGCAGCUUGGAAAGUGAUAUCUGGCAUCCUAGGAGUCUUGUGUAUGGUUUUGCUGACAACAGUGGGUGUCUUGCUUUCAAACUUACUUUCUAGAAGAGAGAAGCAAAACAAAACAAUAUCCACCCUUUCUUCUAAAAAUAAUGAAUGUUCCUGUGAUCUUAGUUUUCACAACUGGAUUGGGUUUGGAAAUAGUUACUAUCAUUUUUUCAAUGAAGCCAAAACCUGGCCAGAAAGCCGCACUGCCUGUAUGGAACUGAAUUCUCAUCUUCUGAGGAUAGAGACCCAAGAAGAGCUGGAUGUCUUAUCAACAUUUGGAAUGGUUGGAUGGCUAGGUCUCAAAAUGAAUGAAACGGAUGGGUCCUGGUUAUGGGAAGAUGGUACAGACGUGAAGAAAAGUCUAAUUCCACUGAUGGGAAAGGAAAACCAGAAUUGUGCUUAUAUCCGUGGAAAGUAUACUUACUCUGAAAACUGUUCAUGUAGGAACAUUUAUAUCUGUGAGUUUAAUACAUAGUGACAUCUCAUUUACUAACACUUGAUAUUAUUAAAUCCUAAUAAAAUAUAUACAAAAUACAUUGGAUACUUAUUGAUUUUAUAACUUUUAAAAUAA